ACUCCUGAAGAAUCGUCCUCCAAAGCUGACCUGACCUCUCUAUCUAUCUAUCUAUUCCACUCCGCUCUCCAACGCCAACGCCUCCCAAUUAAAACCCUACUCUCUCUCCGCCUCGCGUUAUUUCCGCCUCCCUCUCCACGUACGCACGCAGAGAAAAAUCAGACAGAAAAUUCCGGGGCGAGGAGGCGGAAAAGAGAAAUCCACUCGAGGACGAAUUUUGUUUUCCGUUCCCGUGAGAGACGACUGCGAGGAGAUUAGCGGAUGGAGGCGGCGGCGGCGGAGUGUGCGGCGGGCGGCGCCCGUGAGAAGAAGGACGCCGGGGAGAUUUUCCUCGUAGACGACCUCCUCGACCUGCCGUGCGAUGAGGAGGAGGGGGACGAGGCGGCGGCGGCGGCGGAGGGGCUGGACGGGGAUUGCGGCGGCGGAGGCUGCGGGGAGGCCGGGAACGCGUCGGGCGACUCGUCGACGGUGACGGCCGUCGACAGCGGCAACAACUCCCUCUCCGGCCUCGCCGACGGCGACUUCUCCGGCGGGCUAUGCGAGCCGUAUGACCAGCUAGCAGAGCUGGAAUGGGUGUCCAACUACAUGGGCGACGACAACUUGCCCACGGAGGACCUCCGGAAGCUGCAGCUCAUCUCCGGCUUCCCUUCGUCCCAGCUGCCGGCCGCCGCCCCGCGCGCGCCCGCGCCGAAGCUUGCCGCCUGCGCCGGCGCCGGCGCUGGCGCCGGUGGGGCGCUGCACUCGGAGCCGGCGCUUGUGCCCGUGCCAGGCAAGGCGCGCAGCAAGCGGUCCCGCGUGGCUCCCUGCAACUGGUCCUCCAGGCUCCUCGUGCUCCCGCCGGCUCCGGCCUCGCCGCCGUCCCCGGCCUCCGCGGUCAUCUCGCCUUCUGAAUCGGGCACUGCCUUCCCGCCCUUCCCUGCGAAGAAGCCCGCGAAGGCUGCCAAGAAGAAGGAUCCCCUUCCUGCAGCAGCAGCGCCGAUGACAGCGGCGGCCAUGGCUGCGGCGGAAGGGAGGCGGUGCCUGCACUGCGAGACCGACAAGACGCCGCAGUGGAGGACGGGGCCGCUGGGGCCCAAGACGCUGUGCAACGCGUGCGGCGUGCGGUACAAGUCCGGCAGGCUGGUGCCGGAGUACCGGCCGGCGGCCAGCCCGACCUUCGAGGCGUCCAGGCACUCCAACUCCCACCGCAAGGUCGUCGAGCUGCGGCGCCAGAAGGAGCCGCCACAGCAGCAGCAGCACCUGCACCACCAUGGCCACCAGCCGCAGCCGCACCCGGGGCUGCAGGUCCACGUGCCGAGCCCGCUGCUGUUCGACGGGCCGCUCAUCGCCGGCGCGGACGAGUUCCUGCUCCGCAACCGCAUAGGCCACCACCACAGCUACCGGUAGGGACGCCGUCUUCGCCCGCCUGCGAGCUAGGAUUGAUUCGUUUAGCCCAGGAAUAAUUUUCAGCAAGAGGAACAGCUAAUUUUUCUUCUUCUUCUUCUUCUUUUCAGCUAGGGAGUUCGAUGUUUCUCCGGAUUUAAUUUUAUCUUUUCCUGAGACCUGUAUGCUUGCUGCUGCUGCUGCUGCUGCUAUUUAGACUCUCCAUUUCCCAGCUCUCAAGUUUGCUUAGAGAUAAAUCCUGUACUAGCUUAGCUAGGGAGUUUGUUUUCCAUUUUCUUCUCUGUUAUUUAGACUUUUUUCCUUGAUAGAGUUUUUACUCCUUGUAAUGCAAUGCUACAAGGGUGUUCCUAGAAUAUCAGAUUGUUAAUCUCAAGCUGAGCUGCAUGUGAUUUUCCAA